AUGGCCGACGACGAGACUAGACGCGAAACCUCCAAGCUCUGGCGCGUCUGGAAGACCACUAAGCAGCUGUGCUACGACAGAGGUUACGAAUUGGCUGAAGAUGAGCUCGAUGUUUCUCUCGAUCAGUUCCGCGAGCAGUGCGGUGAUGGUAGCGGCGCCGCUAACCGCGCAAAGAUGUCCUUCUCUGCUCGCCCAUCGCAGGCCAUGUUGACCAAAUACACCGCCCUUCCCACAAAGUCAAACCCCAACCCCGAGCCUCAAAUCGGCACCAUCUUCAUCGAAUUCAGCACAGAGUCAGCCAUCGGUAUCAAGCACUUGCGCAACUUCGCCCAGUUCCUGAACGACAAGAACUACUACUCUGGAAUCUACAUCACCGGUGCCAGUGUCACCACCUCCGCUCUCAAGCAAGCCGCCAACCUGCCCAUCGGUAUCGAAGUCUUCCAGGAAACCGACUUGCUCGUCAACAUCACAAAGCACGAACUCGUUCCCAAGCACAUCCUGCUCAGCCCUGAGGAGAAGAAGGCCCUGCUCGACCGUUACCGCCUGAAGGAGACCCAGCUUCCCCGUAUCCGUGUCGAAGAUCCUGUAGCCAAAUACCUCGGUCUGCGCAGAGGUCAGGUCGUCAAGAUUAUCAGAAAGUCAGAAACCGCCGGUCGUUAUGCCAGUUACCGCUGGUGCAUAUGAGCAACUGCCUUUUCGAUACUUCCACCUGCAUUUUUCAUCUUUCAUUCUGGCGCCACGGGAGCGAAGAGCUCAGAGCAAGGGGAGCUGCUGAGUUUUGCAUGUCAAGAGCAAAGCAAAAAAUGGCGACGGCGUUUUCAUUGGCGUUUUCUAGGGAGAAAAAUUAUUAUUGGCUGCUAUGCUGUCUUUCUCUGCUGGUUGUACACUACCGUUCUGCUUCCUGACGUUGGUAGGCACACCUCUUUCUAUUCAAGAAUUUAUG